CAAAACCUGCAUGCCUAAUUAUACCUUCGUGCCCCCCUCCCUCCCCGGUUGGAACGCAUGCACUUGCUUCCCACCACGCCUGGCCUGCCCCCGUCGAUCGAGGGAGCCACCUUCUUGCCCCCAACGACCCGUCCAUUAUUCGCUCAAACGCUUGCUAGCUCGAUCGGCGCCGUUGUUCUUGGACCGGCCGGUCGAUCGAGCGCGCUGAAUAAUUAAUGGUGAUGGCAGCGCCAGUGCCGCUCCGGCGGCGGCGGGCGCUCCUGGCGGUGGCGACGUUGCUCGCCGUGGUCACCGCCGCGGUGGCGCAGGACUAUAACGAUGGCGGCGACGACGAGGAAGACGAGAAGAAGAAGAAGCCGCAGUUCAAGGCGCAGGAGGCGUGCAACGGCGUGUUCCUGUCGUACACGUUCAUGGAGCGCACCAAGGAGUACCCGCACCUGAAGAACGCGACGGCGCAGCCGUACGCGUUCAAGGCGACGGCGUCGGUGCUCAACACCAUGACCGAGGACCUCAAGGCGUGGCAGAUGUUCGUGGGCUUCCAGCACAAGGAGAUCCUCGUGUCCGUCGGCGGCGCCGUGCUCCUGGACGGCUCCGACCUCCCCGCCAACGUGUCCGGCGGCGUCACCUUCGCGGGGUACCCGAUGGCCGACCUCCUCAACUCCAUCGAGACGGCCGGCGAGCCGUCCCUGAUCGAGAGCAAGAUUGAGAUCACCGGCACCCAGUUCGGCGUGAAGCCCCCCGGCAAGCCCAUGCCCAAGACCAUCAAGCUGACCAACCCCGAGGGCUUCCGGUGCCCCGCACCAAACCACAAAGGCAGCGUGAUGUACGUUUGCUGCGUCAAGGACCGCAAGUUCAAGGCGAAGAAGGCCAACAGCACGCGGUACCAGGCACGGCGGAAGGCGGACCUGACGUUCGCCUACGACGUGCUGCAGGCGACAGCCAACAACUACCAGGUGCAGGUGACGAUCGACAACUGGAGCCCCAUCAGCCGGCUGGACAACUGGAACCUCACCUGGGAGUGGAAGCGCGGCGAGUUCAUCUACAACAUGAAGGGCGCCUACACGCUGCUCAAGGAAGGCCCCGCCUGCAUCUACAGCCCCGCCGCUGGCUACUACAAGGACUUGGACUUCACCCCGGUGUACAACUGCGAGAAGCGUCCCGUCAUCGUGGACCUCCCGCCGGAGCGGGAGAAGGACAACGCCAUCGGGAACAUCCCCUUCUGCUGCAAGAACGGCACCCUGCUGCCGCCCACCAUGGACCCGUCCAAGUCGCGUGCCAUGUUCCAGAUGCAGGUGUUCAAGCUGCCGCCGGACCUCAACCGCACGGCGCUGUACCCGCCGCAGAACUGGAAGAUCUCCGGCAAGCUCAACCCGCAGUACAGGUGCGGGCAGCCCAUCCGCGUGAAGCCCCAGGAGUUCCCGGACGCGACGGGGCUCAUGUCCGCCACCCCGGCCGUGGCGUCGUGGCAGGUGGCGUGCAACAUCACCCGGCCCAAGAAGCGCGCCUCCAAGUGCUGCGUCUCCUUCUCCGCCUACUACAACGACUCCGUGGUGCCGUGCAACACCUGCGCCUGCGGCUGCGGCAACGACACGUCCACGUGCGACCCGGACAGGCACGCCAUGCUGCUGCCGCCGGAGGCGCUGCUCGUCCCGUUCGACAACCGGUCGGCCAAGGCCCGGGCGUGGGCCAAGAUCAAGCACUGGCGGGUGCCCAACCCCAUGCCCUGCAGCGACAACUGCGGCGUCAGCAUCAACUGGCACGUCAUGAACAACUACAAGUCCGGCUGGUCGGCGCGCAUGACCAUCUUCAACUGGCAGGACUACACCUUCAAGGACUGGUUCGCCGCCGUCACCAUGGGCAGCCACUUCAGCGGCUACGAGAACGUCUACUCCUUCAACGGCACCAGGAUGGGCGCCCCCUUCAACAACACCAUCUUCAUGCAGGGGGUGCCGGGACUCGCGUACCUCGACCCCAUCACCGACGGGAACACGCCGGCGGAACCAAGGCUUCCCGGAAAGCAGCAGUCGGUCCUCUCCUUCUCCAGGAAAGACGCGCCCAACAUCGACAUUCCCAAAGGGGAAGGGUUCCCCAAGAGGGUCUACUUCGACGGCGAGGAGUGCGCGCUGCCGGAUAGGAUACCCAAGGUGUCGAGCGCGCGCCGGCGGGCAGGGACGGCGAGCCUCGGGCAGCUUGCCAUGGCGGCGGCGCUCGUGAUGAUUGUGGCGCUAGUGGAUUAAUUCCUUGUGCCUCCUAUGAUGAUGAUGAGUGAAAACGAUCGUCGACUGACUUCAUGGGCCGGCGGGGUUUAUACAUAGGGGAUUUGACUUGGGGCGCUGCAUUUGUUGUGAACACUUUUAAUUGCAGGGGGGAUGAUUGUACGUUUUCACUUCAGUUGAGAGAGAUCACAGAUGAUCCCCACCAAAUGGAGGAGCUCCGAUCCAUUUUACACACACAAGCAUCCAAGUGGAAACUGACCUGAACGAAUGAAACUGGUGGAGGGUGGGAGGCCGGCCGGAGAUGAUAGAUGAACAUAUAUGCUUCUGGUUUGGAUUGGAUGCAACAAAUGUUUGUGAGGGUCAUAUGCAUGGGUAUGAUGGUGAGAGUUGUAAGGGGAUGGAGGAGGGCAUGUAACAUUUCAAGGUUGUGGUUGUAUUGGUUGGGUGUCUAUAUGCUCAUUGGUUUUCCACUUUUAUUCCAGUUUCUUUGCCUUACACAAUUAAAGCUCACGAGUUUGUCUA